AUGACGUCCGCAGCAAACCCUCCAAACCCCCCCAAUAUUCACCCUCCGACCACUGCAGCUGCUGCGAACCACGGAGGAGGAGCCACGGCCCAGCCCCCCACCCCGACUGCUUCUCACGCGUCGCCUCCAAGCAAACGGGAUUUGAAGUCGUGGUGGAAAAAUUUCAAGCUCUCCAAGCAUGAGGAGUCACAUGGUGAAGAUCCCUCCACUCCUUGCGCUGCUCUUCCAGAACAAUGCGUUUCUUUUGCGGCGGCGUGGCACAAUAACAACUCUGGCUACCUGUCGUCCCUGGAACAUGUCUCGCAGCAGUACACUCACUCAAGCGAGCCUGUCGCACCUCCGCCCAGACCGGCUCCCAGCUUCACCUCCAGCCCUGGCUGGCUGGGCCGAGUCUCGCAGAGGCGCAGGACGCGACGCCGCCGCUCCCUCAGCAUCUGCUUGGACGCGAGCCCACAGGCUCGCCCCUCUCUUUGUCUUUGCACCUUUGCUCCUCCACAAAUGGCCCAACUGACUUCUGCAGAAACCACGAAAGCACCCGGCAUUUUCGGUGUGCCGCUGCGACAGAGCAUCGUCUACGCCAACGUCGCCAUAUCGCUUGUCGACGACAACGGUAAAAGCUACAUCUACGGAUAUGUUCCCAUCGUGGUUGCGAAGUGUGGGGUUUUCUUAAAAGAGAAGGCAACAAAUAUCGAGGGUAUUUUCCGGCUGAAUGGGUCUGAGAAGCGCAUCAAGGAGCUCAAGCAGGUCUUUGACUCCCCAGACCGCUACGGUAAGGGCCUGAGUUGGGAUGGCUACACGGUUCACGAUGCAGCAAAUGUGCUUCGGCGAUACCUCAACGAUCUUCCAGAGCCUGUCGUGCCGCUUGAGCUCUACGAGAACUUCCGGGGCCCGCUGAAAGGCGCGACCAAGUCGGCUGUUGGUGAUGCCGACGGGCCCCAGUUCAUCGACGACUUCGACGUCGAGGCCGCCAUCAUCAAGUACCAGCAGCUCAUCACACAGCUCCCUCCACUGAACCGACAGCUCUUGCUUUACAUCCUCGACCUCCUGGCGGUUUUCGCAGCCAAGGCAGAUGAAAACCGCAUGAAUUCGCAGAACUUGGCAGCCAUCUUCCAACCUGGCAUGCUGUCCCAUCCCAGACAUGCCAUGGCCCCGGAGGAGUAUCGGCUCAACCAAUGUGUCCUCAUAUUCCUAAUCGAGAAUCAAGAUCAUUUUCUGAUCGGCAUGCAAGGCACUGCUGCAGAUGAGAAGACGGUCCAGGAGGUCCAGAAGGGCACCCCGGUCAUCAACGCACCUGCGACGCCCAGCUCAUCUCGCAAGUCAGGUGUCCACAGAUCUGCGUCAAAUGCCAGCGCAGCCGCGGAAAGUAUAUCUCGAGACGGUGCGAUUCGACGCAACAAGUCUACGAGUUCGAGACAUUCGCGCGCCUCCAAUGGUGCCCCAAGCCCUGGCAGUCCUGCCCUGGCGUCAACACCAACAAGCGGUCUCGGCAGAAGCAACACGGUCCCGUCCAAGAGAUCGCCGGCCAUACAGUCUGGGAGGUUUGCGCACAUGAGAAACGAGACUGCUGGAGCGCCUGUGUCCCCUCUGACACCCGUAGUGGCAUCAUCCGCGAACAUACCCGCUCCUCCAACGGUCCAAGAAGUCGCAACACCUGAAGCUAACGAGCAUGCCGAUCCACUUGUCAGCAGGAAAGGCGGUUUGACGCCUGGGUAUGCGGCAGAACGAAGCCAGGAGCGGCUGUUGGAGCCAAAACCAGCUCCCGAGGCCGUGACUCCAACCAAAGAGCGGAACCUGAGCAGCUUGUUCCAGCGCUCACCAACGGAAAACAGCGAAAAGAAGCAGCCCAACAAACUGCGGAAAAAACGCAUCCCUAGCACAAAUCCCAGUGCGGCAAGCUCUGUCGCCUCCCUCGCUCACUCCAGUGCUGUGUCACCGACUGUCGAAACAUUCAAUCCGAUCGAGAAAACGAAGGAGUACCCGCAACAAGAGGCCGAAGAGGCAGCGCAGGACUUGUCAAGGCCGGAAGCCAUAGAUACGCCUUCCGAGCCGACUCCGCGAGCCUCGCAGAUGCCAUCAAGCGGCCAUCUGCCCACCGAAAAUGCAGACCACGGACUGAGAACCCAUCAAUCGCCACCAACGUCACUACACAGCUCAUUCAACGAGGGCUCGGAGAUAGAUCGCGUGGAAGAGCCAAUACCAUCCAUCGAGCAAGUUGAGCACGGCGAGCUGCAAGACAAGGACAAGAAGCGACGGUGGCGACUAUCCCGCAAGAAGGAGGACCUGGCCGACACUCCUGAGCCAGGCGUUACCUCACCUAGGAAGAUCGGUUUCAACAGGACCGCCGAGAUGAGCAACAGCUCGGUUGGUACGGACGUAAACAAGCCCCGGCACAGUUUCACAGGCGAAUCCUCUGAGCCGACUUUGGAGGCUCACUCAAGCCUUGACUCAGGCAGCAGAGACGCGAGGGAGAACAGAGAAGAGUCGAGGGGGAUUUCGGGGUGGAUCAAGAACAAGAUGCGAGAGGCCAAGGAGAACGCUGGACGGACCAAGUCUCCGCCCGGUGAUCGCGGAUCUAUCAGCUCGCUUCCCGUGCGCGGGAAGAGUCUUGACAUCAAGCGGUCAGCCGAGGCAGAGAAGGAUGCCUCUCAGAGAGCGCAUGAGCCCAACUCAUCUCAGCACUGA